AUGGACUCAGAUACCUUUGAGGACAGUUUAGACGAUGAAGAUGAGGAUGGAAUCGCUUUGGAGAGUGUACCAUCUUCAGGAUAUCCCGGCCCAUCCGCAUGCCCUCCUCCCCUACCAACAGCCCCUGCCAUUGAACCUGAUGCCCAAUCGCCACCUCGAAAGCGGAGCCGUCUUGCUGUUCCAGUGCGUGAAGCUCGUAUUAAAGCACAGGAAAAACGCUUUCAAGAGCGUCAAGAAGCCCUUGAUUUGAUAACAGCUUCAAUAAAGUCUCGAAAAAUCCACUUUGAGGGCGGUUCUACCGGGCUCCAGGCCAGACGAGCUGGUGCAAUUGAGAGUUGCCUCUUCAUGAUUGUCAAAAAUGGGCGUACACUCACAGACGCAUCGGAACGAGCUGCCGAGAGUCAGCACUUUUCAGCAAAAUGGGGAGGGAGGAUGGUGCGUGGAUGGGUGGCAGCCUGGGUUAAGUCGCGGGAACUGCCCAAAUCAGCAUGGGGCCAGCACACGAAAUCUGCCUCCCUUCUCGAGGAUCCGUCCAUCUGUGCAGAGUUAUCGGCAUAUGUCAGAACCAACAAAUGGUCCAUGAAUCCCGGAAAGCUGCAGAAACUAUUGAACCAGGAAUUACCACCAAAUGAGGCACAUGCAUACGCCUCCAAGCUUGUCACAAACGAGAUUCCGUUGGCUGUGAAGAAUUAUCUUGAAGAAAGAGUACUCCCUCGGCUCCAUCGCAAAGCCCGCCAAGAUGGUUUAUCCAUAAGCACUGCCCGACGCUUUCUCCACAAAUUUGGCUUCCAAUAUACGAAUGAUAGUCACACCAAAAAUUGGGGUUUAGAGGGAGAGCAGCCACUGAAGAAAAAGGGGCCCGGUCGAGGAACCCACCAGUCCGAUUUUAUCUGUUCAACUGUGGGGUGGAUGGCUGAAGCAAGCCAGUCCCUUGAAUAUGGCAAAAACUACGAGGGUUAUUGGAAUGCAGAGUUGUUGGUGAAGCAAGUCAAGGAAAAGUUUAUCCCUGCUUUUGAGAAACUCCAUGGCCCAGGUUACAAAGCCCUUGUUAUGUUCGACCACUCUCAAGGGCACCUUUCAUAUGCCAUUGACGCAUUAGUGGCCAACCGCAUGAACCUCAGGCCCGGAGGAAAACAAGCAGUCAUGCGACCGGGUUGGUUCCUCAAAGAUGGCGAGAAAAUCCCACAAUGCAUGAACUUCCCACCCGACCAUUCCCAAUUUCCCACCCAGCCAAAAGGAAUGCAAGCGAAAUAUCUUCGAGAUCACACGGACUAUACCUUCAACUCACUCAAAAAGAACAUGCCAAAGGCCUUGGCAUCGGUCAAAAUUGAGACAAUCCGGCGUUGGGAGCACCGGAUGUGGAGGUGGAUAGAAGCAUACAGUGAUGGAUUAAGUGUCAAAGCGGCACAAUCAAAGGUAAAAGAAUUUAGUUCAAAGCGUUACACUUCCCAUCGACGUAUUCCGGACACCCUUGCAAGUGCGCUUGAUGAGACAGGGGCUUGA